AUGGCGAAAAGGCCUGUUGUAUCUGAAAAUCAAGCAAACAGAGGAAGGAAAAGGGCAAGAAGAGGAAGCGGAGGAAUUCCGGAAGUGACUGAUGUUGAUUCCAACAAGGCUUCUCGCCUGGAGAGUGAUCGAAGUCCUAUGCAAUCUUCUAUUCAAGGGACGGACCAUUUUCCCUGGAAUCGACUACCGCACGAGUUGCGAAUAAAAAUUCUGCGCAAUCUCCGGCCAAGAGAUCUUGACAGCUGUCGUUUGCUAAAUCGAGAGACGUCCGAGCUUAUUCGUCGUAACAAGCGAUUGUUGGAAAGAAGUGUCAUUGAUCACUUGUGGUGGAGUUUCACCAAAACUCCUGGAGGAUGGUACAAUCAUUGGUACGCAAACCAUUUCGAAGAAGUAUCAGAGUCUUCUGGGCCACAACUGGAACCUUUCCACAAGUUCAAAAGCCUUGCAGAGAUACCCACGAACACAGAUGUUAAUCACCUGGAGCUCACAGAGGAAUGGAUGACAAACGAACAUCUGAUGUCUCUCUCGUCACGUCUGUUCAAUGUGGGGUGUCAAGUACAUACGCUGGAGAUAACAGACACAUGCAUGGCUGAAGUCACGUCUUCAGUGCUUCUUCAAUUUCUUCGCGACAUCGCUGCCAAAACAAUCAUCCUUUCAAUCAUCGAAUGUGAUGAAGAAAUGCUCAGCAUGGACAUCAUAAAAUUCAUCAUAUCGGCACCAUGCUUUUGUAUCAACUAUUUUUCGGACUUAUCAAAUUUUUCUCUUCCUCUUCCAAUAGACGACAAAAUUCUUAAGCAAGUAACUGCGCAUGACUUCGAAAUCGGUUUCCCGAACAAGAUCACUCGGCGCGGCUUGAAGUCGUUCAUCAGG